AUGGCGUCGAAAUAUCCAACACGCGUGCCUCUUACUAUUCACCUGGAUUGGUUGGUGCUUGUUAUCUUCACGAAAACCGCCAGAGUGCAAUUCACCAAUUCUCUCUGUUCGUUUCACGAGGAAAUCUUGCCACAAGGAACAGGGAAAAACCAAUUUCCAGGUCAGAUCACUAAGUUGUAAAUCUAUAGCGGUGAGCUUACUUUGUUUUAGAAGUGGAAUGACCUAACUUGUCAUAGUUGAACCUGAUGCUAAAUGGAUAAGAAGCAGCAUGUUUCGAUAUUUACUACUGCAAGUCUGCCAUGGAUGACUGGAACAGCUGUCAACCCUCUGUUCCGUGCUGUCUAUCUUGCAAAAGAAGAGGAGAGAAAGGUCACUCUGGUGAUUCCUUGGUUGUCUUUGAAGGAUCAAGAAUGCGUUUAUCCCGACAAAAUGAGAUUUAACUCACCUUCUGAACAACAGAAAUACAUCUAUCAGUGGUUAGAGGAUCGAACUGGAUUUCCAUCUCGUUUUGAUAUACGUUUUUAUCCAGGAAAGUUCUCUAAAUAUAAAAGGAGUAUUCUUGCUGUGGGGGAUAUUACAGAAGUCAUCCCUGAUGACGAGGCAGAUAUUGCCGUCCUUGAGGAACCCGAGCAUCUUACAUGGUAUCACCAUGGGAAGAGAUGGAAAACGAAAUUCCACCUGGUUGUAGGAGUUGUUCACACCAAUUAUUUGGAAUAUGUGAGGAGAGAAAAGAAUGGACAAGUUCAAGCAUUUUUGCUGAAGUACAUCAACAGUUGGGUUAUUAGUAUAUACUGCCAUAAGGUGAUACGUUUAUCUGCUGCCACCCAGGAUCUUCCAAGAUCAAUUAUAUGCAAUAUUCAUGGAGUCAAUCCCAAGUUCCUUGAGAUUGGAAAGAAAAAGAACGAACAACAACAAAAUGGCAACCCGGCCUUCAGCAAAGGUGCAUAUUACAUUGGUAAGAUGCUGUGGAGCAAAGGCUAUAAGGAGCUAUUUGAACUUCUGCACGAUCAUCAAAAGGAUCUAGGUGGACUUGAGGUUGAUUUAUAUGGGAGUGGGGAGGACUCUGCUGAAAUUCAGGAAGCUGUCAAGAAAUUGAAAUUAGCAGUCAGGGUUCAUCCUGGCCGUGACCAUGCUGAUCCUCUCUUUCAUGACUAUAAAGUGUUCCUAAAUCCAAGCACUACAGAUGUGGUAUGUACAACAACAGCAGAAGCAUUGGCAAUGGGCAAAAUAGUGGUAUGUGCCAAUCAUCCUUCGAAUGACUUCUUCAAGCAGUUCCCAAAUUGCCGAACGUAUGAGGAUGAUGAGGGCUUUGUUGAAGCUACAAAGAAGGCAUUGUCUGAAGAACCAACCCCUUUGACCGAUUCACAUAGGCAUGAGCUUUCGUGGGAAGCGGCCACAGAAAGGUUUCUAAGGGCUGCUGAGCUGGACCAGACACCUCCAAAAAGACUGACAAAGAGCUCUUCCAAGCUUUUUAUGUCCACGUCUAUGGAUUUGAGGAGGAACAUUGAAGAUGCAUCGGCAUUGGUGCAUUUUGUGGGAACUGGGUUUUUAAGGCUUCAACCAGAUAAAGAUCAAAGUAAAGAGCUUGGUUUGGCAUCCCCUUAAGCCGUGUUUGGAUCAUGGAUUCAAGAAGCGAUUUGUGGAUGCAUAGAGAAAUAUCUGUGGGAAAGAUGAGAAGACGACGAAGUUAAGAUGAUAAUUAAUUAUUUUGAUUUUUUUCGUGUCAUUUUCCUUUCCCUUUCUAAAUCGUUCAAAAAAUCCUUCAUCCAACCAUAGCCUUAAUAAACAGGGCUCUUGAGUUGUUGGCGAUCUCAGAACAGGUUCACUGAUGAAUGCCCCAACCAAAAUGCUGCUGCCAGUGGUUGGACUUCUUUGUUCUCUUCAAUUUGUCAUUGUCUCAAACUGAAACCAUGUGAGGAAGGGACGUAGGUUUCUGUUCGUACCAUGGUUGCUAAUUCUUGAACCCUUGGUGUAAUAGAUGAGUCUUAACUCAUGUAAAUGUCGCCUAGGGGGUUAGAUUCUUGUGGUAGAUUGGGAUAAUAAACUGGAAAUUGUAUAUGAAGCAUCUUUGUAUUCUACGGCGGGCCUGGCUGCUCAUAGCAUUUUCUUC